GGAGGAGGAGGAGGAAGAGGAGUCCGGGUAUUAAUUCAACCACAAAGUGCGUCCAUCUUUCUAAUAUUAUCCUCAAAUAGCAGCAGGGAUGAAGUGAAUGAGAAAGCUCUGACAGAAUCUCUGAAAGUGGACCUGAUAAUUAACAGGACGUGGACAGGAGCAGGUGUCCCUCCGGUGGACACUGACAUGUCCGUCUCAGCGUGACGGACAGGAUGUCUCGCUGCGAGCUGAUUGAGCUGAAGGACCUGAGCGUUGAUGAUCCCAUCGAGCUGGCAGCUCCCGCCUCGCCGGCUGUAGGUCCCGGCCAGCCCGCCCGCCGCCACGCCGUCCGCCUGCUCGGAGACAGAGUUAGCAUCCAGGUGCCCAGCUGCCACGCGGGGGAGGGGGGCGUGGGACACGACUUCCAGCCCUACAACUACACACACCUCACCUGGUGUGACCUGUGUGGAGAAUUCAUCUGGGGGCUGUUUAAGCAGAGUUUGCGCUGUGCCAACUGCAGUUACACAUGUCACUACCGCUGCCGACCGCUCAUCCAGCUGGACUGCAGCACACAUGGCGGUGUGUUGACACAGAAGACAGACGACACUGAAGAGGCCGUUGAGACCGACACAAAUGUGGUAAAAAAGAAAGAAAGAAAGAAAGAAAGAAAGAAAGAAAGAAAGAAAGAAAGAAAGGUGCAACCCUUUAACUCUCAUUUCUCCUCUGGAAACUUGCAGAACAAAAAUGGGUCCUACACUGGUUUCAUCAAGGUCCACUUUCAGCUCCUUCGUCCCAUCUCGCUCCCUCCUCCUCCUCCGCCUCCUCAGCGUCAGAACUCGACAGAAGAGGAGGAUCAGCAGAACAGACGGGUACAGAGGCGGACGUCUUUUUACCUCCCCAAAGACGCGGCGAAGCACCUGCACAUCAGCUCCGAAACCCGAGUGCGGGAAGUCAUCGAGGCAUUGCUCAGGAAGUUCACGGUGGUGGACAACCCAGGAAAGUUUGCCUUGUUUGAACGCACCGAGAAGCAAAGCCAGGUCUGCAUGCGUAAGCUGUCUGAGGAUGAGCGCCCUCUGUUCCUGCGCCUGUGUGCCGGCCCCAGUGAGACCAUCUUGAGUCUGGUUUUGAAGGAGAAUGAGACGGGAGAUGUAAAUUGGGAUGCCUUUAGCCUUCCUGAGUUGAGCAACUUCCUGCGAAUCCUGCAGCGUGAGGAAGAGGAGCACGUGCGGCAGAUUGUGAAGCGCUAUGCUCGCGCUCGAGACGUGAUGAAGCAGGCCAUGACUCGCAUCACCACACCCGGUUGAUGAAGACGGACUCAAAGGAUCUUUGUAAUUAAGCUGUGAGAAAAGUUGUUGCUACAGGUGAUUUUUAAAGGGAAGAACUCAGGUGUUUUUAAAAAAAAGUUAUAAUAAAGCACAGAUAUGUGUUUAUGUUUAAUAUGAACUACUGGAGUAUAUGCAACUUUUAUGUGAACAAAUCCUCCUUUUUCCACAUGCUGGCACUUCAAUCAAUCUGUGAAAUCUGUUUUCAUAUUCAGAUUAUCUAAUAAACUGAUUAUAUUAAU